AUGAAUCGUGAUAACGAGGAUAUAAACAGCCGUGAAGGGAAUUUGCGAAUUGUUGCUAGGGCUAAAAGGAAAAGAAAUUCCCAAAUCUUUAAAAGUGAUGAUGAAACUGGCCCUGAUGAUGACAGGGCUCCAAUCAGAACUCUCAUGAAAAGAAGUUCCCAAAUCAUAACUAGUGAUGAUGAAACUAGCUGUGAUGACACGGCUCCGAUUAGCACUCUCGUGAGGUCGAGAAUAGGUCCUGUGGAUGAAGUUAAAGAAGAUUCAAGCAGGCGGAGUUUAAAAAGUGUGAAAAUAGAAAGGCCUGGUGAAAUUAGUGAUGAUGAUGACACCAGUAAUGGGGACAGUGUCCCAAAAAGUGCGAUUAAGACACGAUAUAGGUCUAAGCGUACAAAAGGUUCCGUGGAUGAAGUUAAAGAAGAUUCAAGUAGGUGGGUUGGUAAGAUUAGUGAUAAUGAUGAUGAGAGUAGUUAUGAGGGCAGUGUUCCAAAAAGUGUGAUUAAGACACGAUAUAGGGCAAAGCGUACAAUAGGUUUAGCCAAAGAAGAUGCAAGAAAGCGACGCCUAACAAGGCUUAGAAAAACAGAAACGAAAAAUGAACAGGACGAUAAAAACAGUUUUGACCUGAACAAGAGCGUUUGCCUUAAAGAAAUUAGUUCAAGUGAUGAUGGGGAAGAUAAUGAGGCUCUAGAGGACGAGGAAGAUGAUAAUAGUGUAGAGGAUGAUGGAGAUUAUGAGGGUCUAGAAGACGAGGAAGAUACUGAUGGUCCAGAGGACGAGGAAGAUUUUGAUAAUGAACAGGAUGAGGAAGAUAGUGAUGAUUUAGAGGACAAGGAAGAUUUUGAUGGCGAACUGGACGAGGAAGAUAAUGAUAGCGUAGAUGAAGAUGAUGAUGGUGAUGGUGAUAGUACUAAUAAAUCGGAGAAUGCAAUAAUUGAUAGUGAAGGAAAUUUGGGAAUAAUUUUAAGUGCUAAAAGGAAAAGAACUUCCCUAAUCUUCACAAGUGAUGAUGAGACUAGCUGUGAUGACAAAGCUCCAAUUAGCACUCUCAUGAGGUCGAGAAUAGAUUCCGAGGAUGAAGUUAAAGGAAAUGCAAGUAGGCAGAGUUUAAGGAGUGCAAAAACAAAAAGGGCUGGUAAGAUUAGUGAUGAUGAUGAUGAGACUGAUUAUGAGGGAAGCGCGCCAAAAAACACGAUCAAGACACGAUAUAGGUCUAAGUGUAUGACAGGUUUUGAGGAUGCAGGGAAGCGAAACCUAUGA